UGGCGCCUGGUUGUUGUCCGAGGGAUUGCUGUCACACUUUCCUUUUGAGUAAAAUACUCGAUCAUUGGAUGUUUAUUGGAUGCAUGGAAUGUUAAGAUAUACCCGCGGGUACGGAGCUUGAGAAGGUUCAGAUCAAUUUUCAAAACUUGGGAAUUAGUGUUUACCGAUAUAUAUCUAUUUCGCUACUGGAUCAUCCGUCCGCUCGCUUUCACAGUAACAAUCGAAGAGUUGAUGCUACCGCAUGGUUGGCUUGUUGCUGAUCUGGAUGGAGAUCACGGAUUAAUAUUUACUUUGGUGCUAACUGGGAAGAUAGAAGUUACAUCCCCAUAAUUACCCUCAUAAGAACCCGCGGGUAUCAUCCUCUCGAGACAUCCGUGGAGAAUCGGAUGUGUCUGCGAUUCGCUAGGAGCAGCAAGCCGAUUUUGUAAUUGAUGAAGCCCUUCUUUCAUCUAUUUCUAUGGCUCGAAAUCUCGAGAUCAAGAUGCGUCGCCAUUCCACCUGAUGCGCUUUUAUGUCAUUUCUUGCCAGCCGAUUUGGAUUGAGAAAGGGAUUAAUGAAAGAGAGAGAUCGAUAUUGGACACCGGGCCGCAGAACACAGGUAGCCUCCUCCGGAGCCAUUUCCGCAUUCCAAUUUUUGAUCUUGAAGACAUAAUUACAACCAUAAUAGUAAACAAACACCUGUUACGCCCGCUCUGUUUUGUAGAGGAAGUGUGGGAGCCGAAUCAUUGUAGACAUCAACAGAAGAUUUGUGUAUGAGUUGUCACAGUAGUUGUGAUAGCGGAUCCAUCCUGAUCGAGCCAUUCAUGCGGAGCCGGAGGAUGUCCAGCUUCUACUAGAUUAAUAGAGCACAGGAUAGACAAGAGCGUCCUACAAUCUAGCCUACGGUCAGGUGAGGCGAAUUGAACUUGCCGCACCGGUCACAACACCAGCGCCUGGAUAUUGUGGCAUGGAACCGACAAUGUCAGCUCCAUACCCCCUCAAGACGAUCCGAAGAUGUGAGCGUCGUGUGGCAUCUCGACCGCAGAGUGCAAAUGUCGG